UCCCGUUUUACCCGGGGGUACGAAUCGAUUAUUGCGACGGAGUGGUACAUAGAGCUCCCAGAUGCCAUUCGACAUAUUGUGGAUGAGGCAGGGUUUGGCCCAUUUUGUAUGGGGUUGUUGCGUCAUCCGGUGAGCAGGACCCUUCUGGGUGCACUUGUAGAGAGAUAGUGGGACAACACUAACUCCUUUUAUUUUUCUACCGCCGGGGACAUGACGAUGACCCCGUAUGACUUCUCCAUGCCGACGGGCCUUGACGUGGCAAGUCAGCCGAUCCCAUACGAUUUCGAUAUGGGCGAGUGGGAGACAGCUUGGACUUACCUGCUUGGAGCUCAUCCGCCGGCCUGCAGAUCACCGGGCAUGGUCAGGUAUAUCUGGUUUGCAGAGCAGUACAAGAGGACUACGCCCGAGACUUUUGAGGCCAUACAGCAGUAUGCCCGGGGAUUUUUGAUGUUCCUUCUCGGGACCACUCUGUUCUCCGACAGGGGGAACACAGUUGGGCUAUAUCUGCUGAGUGCUCUGGUAGACCUAUCACAGGUCCAGCACUUCGAUUGGGGCAGCGUUGGCCUCGCUACCCUUUACUGCUACAUGAGCGCGACCUCCUGGGAGCGGGGGACCAUAGUAGGCGGCUACUGGAGAGCCUGGGAGCUGUGGGUUUAUGCCUACUUCCCGAUGCUCGUUCCCGAGCUAGAGGUCGAGGCACCGCUUGCGAUACCAUACUCGCGUAGAUUCAAGGGUCGAUGUCGGCCCAAGCCCCGGGAGACAUUGCUAUAUCUCCGGCAGUACUUCGACACUGUACGGCGACGGAGAUCACUUGGCAGCCUUGGCUGGCGAUGCCCGGGUAUUCUCGGUUCUAAUUCGCCGGGGCAUGGGGCGCCUCCCGAUACAGGGUUUUGUUUGAGGGACCAGUCCUGGUUUCUCGGGGAUUGUUUUAUACGCCAGACGAUGGGUAAUCCUGCUCAGGAGAUCCCCUCACCGCCUCCACUGGACAUGCGGUCCACAGAGAGUCUCACUCCCCGGGAGGUUGAUGACAUUAUGCUGGGUGUCGACGCAGUUCUUUUCCUGAAGGAGGGGGAGUACGCGACAUACCGCCAUACAUACUUGAUGCCUCCACUGAUAGGUGUCCGUACUCUAACGAGGAGGGCUGCUGAUAUGUAGUCGUCGAGUCCCAUUUGAGCUGCAAACAUCCCUUCCACUAGCAGGGCUAGCACAUCGAAGAGUAGGGCUAGAGGGAUGCCCUUGACUUGCCAGUAUGCUAGGUGGCCAGAUCUUCCGACCGUGCUGACGGGCUGGCAGUAUGGGACAUCUUACCCGAUUCCACUGGAGCCUCCAUUGCCCGAUCAUCGAUACGUCAGUGACCCUGACUCACCACCAAUAUGCUCUACAGUUUUCAUUUAUCACUCAGAUAUUUAGACAUUCAUUCAUUCACUGAUGACUUGAACUUGCAUCUGUAGCCUCCCAGAGAGUAUACUGUGGGGUUGCUCAGAGUGGUGGCCUCAUUUGAGAGCAUGGUCCUGCGGAGGGAGAUGCUGCUGUACGCCUCCGGCAUUUCGGUACUUUUCAAUUUCCUUGUAUUUAUGAUACUUCUGAUGACAUAUGGAAACUGAACAUUUCACUAUAUUGAUUCACUGCAUGUGAGAGCACAUCUGACACAUCACAUUUACAUACUAUAUCUGCAUGCACACACUUUAUAUACCAUUCUUGCAUCUAAUAUCUGACAAUACAUACUCUAGCUGAUGUAUUCAAAACUUCCUUUUCAGGUCACACCACUGCAGGCCGGGCCAUCCAGGCCUUCUCGAGCAGCUGGGAGAGGGGCCUCGACUCGCUGUUGGGGGAGACAUAAAGCACCUGUCAAACAUGACGAGGAGUCCAGCGAGGAGGAGGAGUCAGCUCAUCCUCAGUUGGAGACAUCCGCAGGCAGAGAUAAUGACUCUGGUUCCGAUUCUGAGAGCGGAGGUGACGCCGAGGAGGAUUCCGAGGAUGGCGGCUCCGAUUCAGACGGUGGUGCCGAUGGUGCAGAGGCUGCUCAGCCGAAGAGGGCGAAAAGGGCCUCUCGGUCUUGAGCUUGAUAGCACUGAUGCAGAUGUUCCUGCUUUAUUUUUCUUUUUACAUGUAGUUGUAGCACCUUGUACAA